AUGUUUCCCAUUGAUUGGGUGUGCACUACUGCUCGCUUGGAACCUAUAAAUUAUGUUCGAAAGCCGCAGGUUAUUCUACGUUUAGUUGUUGUGAUAUUAGCAGUUGUCAAUAUUGCAAUUGUACAUAACGGCUGCUAUAUUUAUGGGAAGUGCUUGUUUAAUGACGAUCAGGCAUCUUGUGGAUAUAGUUCAUUUCUUUCUUCAUCAACAAUAAUCCUUUACCUCGCCUAUCUUUGGUUGGAUUUAAUAGUGGACAAUAUUACAAGCAUUGAUAUACGUUUGCGAAUCGCUAAAUUCGACGUAGUGUUGUCAGGUAUUUGGUCCUUCCUAUGGUUGAUUGCAUUUUGCUUACUUUGCAACCGCUGGCAAAAUACAAGACAAGAUUUUCUCACUGAGAAUGAAGUUUCACCUGAUGGACCGCGGACUGCUAUUGCAUUCAACUUUUUCAGUAUGGUCGUAUUAAUUAUUUUGGGAUUUUUCACGUACAAAUUCUAUAAAUCAACUGAAAUACAGUGCUCUAACCUUGCUUAUGGAGAAACUGACAAUUCGCGUGGAUAUCAUGGUUUUACCAGUGACGCGGAUAUGCUCGAUGCGUCGGGAACAGGGCCUGUAGAUCCGGAUACGCCUGUCACCCACUCAAAUUUUGAUUAUCAAGUGGGUAAUUACCGUGCAGGACUAGGUGACGUUUAUUCUGCAGAACCAAUGGGUGGUUAUCAACCUUAA